AUGAUGCAUGCCUAUAAGUGCCCACUGCUGAGCAAAGGCCUCUUCUCAUACGGCGAAGCACCUCCGAAUGCAGUGGAGAUCACGAAUCACCCAGCUAACUCCAAGUUGGAGGUGAAGGAAGGCGAGGAUGUCUCUCUGGAGUGCCUGGUGAAGAACGCCAAGCCAGCUGCCAGGAUCGUCUGGUUCAGAGGCAAUGUCGAGCUGAAAGGGGAUAAAGUGUGGGAGAGCCAUGCUUCGGUACGAAUGGGUCGGCUCGACCGGAGUGAUACCACGGCCUCACUGAAAACCGGCGUGAAACAACCACAGCGGUGUGUUUCGCCGUUGUCAAAAGAAGAGAUAAGAGAAGUGGAGAGUCCAAAUGGAAACCCGAAAGCGGUGCGGUAUACCACGAUAUCCAGAGUACACUUUAAAGCGACAGCGGACGACGACUAUGCGGACUUUACUUGCGAGGCCCGACAUGAGGCGCUGCAUAGAGACAGCCCUAUGCGAAGCACCGUGCAGCUCAGCGUGUUAUAUCCACCUGGAGCGCCCUACAUCGAAGGUUAUGCAGAAGGGGAGACAGUACGUCGAGGACAGAGUUUAGAGCUAGUCUGCAGGAGUCGAGGUGGAAAUCCACCAGCUCAACUCAUCUGGUACAAGAACGGGGAGCAGAUUCGCAUGGCUUAUAGAACUAGCGGUCGGAUGUCAGAAAACGUUCUGUCAUUCAAGGCAGACGCGUCUGACAACAAAGCGAGGUAUACCUGCGAAGCCAAGAAUGUCAUGAUCAGCAACACUUUGAAAGCCGAAAUAGAUCUGACUGUAUUAUUUGCUCCCUCCCACGUCACCAUCUCUGGACCAUCAGAAGCCAGGGUUGGGGAUCCAGUGCCCCUGACCUGUAGCACUGCCCCAUCAAACCCUGCAGCAGACAUCAAGUGGCUGGUGUUAGGGAAACACCAUAAGGAAGCAAGCAACAGGACUGUUAUAUCUCCUGAAGGUGGUUGGAUAACGACAUCAAACAUCACAGUUGUGGUCGAGCCGAACAAAAGGUCUAUAGUGGUGGUCUGCCACGGAAUCAAUGGGCAACUCACUGAAAACGUCGUUGCUACACACACCAUCAAUGUAUUAUUUUCCAAUGUGUCAUAA